AUGCCGCUUAAUACUUGGCUCACUACUGAGCUUGGGGUCAAAGUGCCCUUGGUUCAGGGCGGCAUGAUGUGGGUUGGAAAAGCAGAGCUCAUCUCUGCAGUUGCCAAUGCUGGCUGCCUGGGCUUUCUUACGGCACUCACUCAACCCACGCCAGAGGCGCUGCGGGCAGAAAUUCGCAAAUGCCGGUCGAUGCUUGAGCCUAAUGCCGUGCAAUUCGGCGUCAACAUCACACUGCUACCAGCAAUCAACAAGCCUGACUAUUUAGCGUAUGCAAAGGUCGCAGUCGAAGAAGGGAUCAGGGUUAUUGAAACGGCCGGAGAUCCCAGUAAGAUCCUCCAAUACGUCAAGGACAAUGGCUGCAAGGUCAUCCACAAGUGCGUGACGCUGAAGCAUGCCUUGAGAGCGGAGAAGCUUGGCGUGGAUUGCAUCUCGAUAGAUGGCAUUGAGUGCGCCGGUCAUGGCGGCGAGUAUGAUACAACCUCGCUCAUGCUACUGUCCUUGUGUGCAGAGCAGCUGAAGAUCCCAUACCUGGCAUCCGGUGGAUUCGCCAACGGACGACAAGUAGCAGCCGCUCUGGCCCUGGGAGCGGCUGGUGUGAACAUGGGCACGAGAUGGAUGGCCACAAAAGAGGCUCCAAUCCAUGAGGCAGUUAAGGAGGCUAUCGUGAAGGCGACGGAAAACGAUACGGUAUUGGUGCUGAGAAAAUUCAGGAAUACCACGCGUCUACACAAAAACAAAGUCAGCACAGAGGUCUUUGAGAUUGAGAACUCAAAGAAGGACGUCGAGUUCAAGGAUGUGGCCCAUCUCAUGAGCGGGCAGCGAGGUAAAGGUGUCUACAAGACGGGCGAUGUGGAUGCGGGCGUCUGGAGCCUCGGCAUGUGUGCAGGGCUGAUUCAUGAUGUGCCUAGCUGCAAAGAGCUGGCGAAGAGGAUGGAGCGAGAAGCAGAGGAUGUCUUUGACCGGACCAACUCUCUGCGUUCAGCGAAGGCGAGGCUGUAA